AUGGAGUCUACAGCAAACUCCAGUCACGUUAACCUUCCUAACCAAGAGGGGGAGAACACGCUGGUCGGCGAUGUUUCCCGUGAGCUGGAAAACGUAGUCCAAGCUGCAAAGGCUGAGCACCCAGCAGGCACCAAGCCUGAGGGCACUGAGUACGCAAAGGGUCUCAAAUUGGCUUUGAUUACACUGGCGUUGUACAACAGCAUCAUUGCUACGGCAAUUCCAAAGAUCACAGACCAAUUCCACAGCCUUGACGAUGUCGGCUGGUAUGGAAGUGCAUACCUUCUCACCACGGCUUCGCUCCAGCUAAUUUUCGGAAAAUUUUACGCCUUUUUCAAUAUCAAAUGGACCUUCCUCACCGCUAUCGGAGUGUUUGAGCUAGGCAGUCUGAUCUGCGGCGUGGCUAACAGCAGCCUGACACUUAUUAUGGGCCGUGCCGUUGCGGGAAUUGGAUCUGCGGGUAUUUUCUCGGGCUCGCUCAUCAUUGUCGCCCACGCAAUCCCACUGCCGAAGCGCCCAUUGUACAACGGCAUUAUCAGUAGCAUGUACGGCAUUUCAUCCGUGGCUGGGCCUCUGCUUGGUGGGCUUUUCACCGACAAAGUGUCAUGGCGCUGGUGUUUUUACAUCAAUCUUCCUAUCGGGGCUGUCACCAUUUUCGUGAUUGCAAUCUUUUUCCCUGCCCCCAACCACCAUAACAAGGAAACGACAUGGGCUGAGCGCAUUAAGAAGUUCGACCCCGUGGGUACAACCCUCUUCCUCCCUGCCAUUAUUUGCUUGUUGCUAGCUCUGCAGUGGGGUGGCACCAUCUAUGCCUGGAAUAGCUGGCGCAUCAUUGUGUUGUUUUGCUUCUUUGCUGUUCUCACUGUCUUGUUUUUAGUAGUCCAGUACACCCAGAAAGAGAAUGCUACACUGCCACGACACAUUCUCUCUCGUCGUACUGUCUGGUCUGCUGCUCUUUACAGUUUCUGCAUCGGCGCCGCCUUCCUAUCCUCUAUCUACUUCUUACCCAUGUGGUUCCAGGCCGUGAAAAACGCCAGUCCCGUCAGCUCGGGUAUAAUGAACCUGCCAAUGUUGAUUUCCAUGGUUGUCACCUCCCUCAUGGCUGGAAUUAUCAUCACCUAUAUCGGUUACUAUACACCCUUCAUGAUUCUCGGCUCAAUCCUUCUCGCCAUCGGAUACGGUCUCAUGAGCAUGUUCCACACAGACACGUCCAAAGGUGUCUGGAUCGGCUACCAGAUAAUUGCUGGCACCGGUGCAGGUUCCGGUAUGCAGCAACCUCUGAUCGGUGUUCAAGUUGUCCUUCCUCUUGCUGAUCUACCCACUGGCACGGCUAUGAUCGUCUUCGCCCAGACUCUUGGCGGUGCUCUCUUUGUUUCUAUUGGGAACAAUGUUUUCAGAAACAAGCUUGUUGAGUAUCUCGCUAAAUACGCCCCCAAAGUGGAUACGGCUUUGAUCCUCAAGGCCGGAGCCACUGGCCUCCAAAGUGUUGUUGACGAAGCUGACCUACCCGGAGUCCUCCAUGCUUACAAUGACGCACUUACCCAGACCUUUCUUGUCGGUGCAGCUAUGGCUUCUAUCAGCAUGAUUGGCGCUCUGUUUGUGGAGUGGAAAAGUGUUAAGGGAAAGCAGCUUGCGCCGGGAGGAGCCGCAUGA